AUGGAUCUUCAGCUCCUCGACGGUGGUGGACGAAAGUUUACGGAUGAUGAAAAGGUAAGUUUGUGUUCGAAGUUUCUGCUAAGCGGAACUAAUACAUCCACCACCACAUUACAAUGGGUUAUGGCCAACUUAGUGAAGAACCAAGACAUUCAGAAGAAGCUAUCAGAUGAAAUCAACUCUGUUGUAAAACCGAAACAAGAUAUUGCGGAAGAUGAUUUAAUGAAGAUGCCUUAUUUGAAGGCAAUUGUGUUAGAAACUCUACGUCGACAUCCACCAAGCCACUUCAUCUUGCCACGGGCUGUCUUGAAAGAUAUUCAAAUGGAUGGUUAUGACAUACCAAAAGAUGCAAUGGUGAAUUUUACAGGCAGAAAUGUCACGUGA